AUGAGUAUCGAGUCAUCAGAUACUGAUCUGGACAUGAAAGUGGAAAGAUUAAAGAAGAAGUACUUGGAUAAGAAGAAGAUGGUAACGCCAAUGGUCUAUUUGCGGGCUGCAGUGGGUACAGACGACCCUCCUCUUACCACAUUACGUGGGACAGAAGAUGAUGUCAAAGUCCAGAGACCCGUAAAAUCACGGAGACGAGGCUGCACCUACCGGGAAAUGAAAUGUUACAACAAAGCCCUUAAGGAACUUUACCAGGCCAUCUCUAAUCACCCACAGAGACUGGACAGCGGUCAGACCGGUGUUGGUAGUGAAAAUGAGCUGAGUGAAGAAUACACAGAUUCACUGGACGGAACUAACAUUCAGAUCACUGAAACAGACGUGACUCUGCCUUCAAAUCUGAUCAGAACGUCCAGCUCUGAGGUGACAGGCGCCACUGCGUGGAGCAGAAAACAGGAGUCAGAGAGGCGGACGCUUGGCCUCCCGUCACAAAUCUCCAGGUCUCCGCCAGGGAUCCGACAGGUGUACGAGGAAAUGUUGUUGAUUUAUGAGAAGCUGCAGGCGGAACGGCUCCAUCAGCAGGACUGGGAGGUGGAGCUGUUGGAGCGGGAGCAGCAGCUACAGCACAGGGAGAACCUCCUGCUCCAACACCAGAGCACCAUCAACAGACUCAGAGGGGCGGAGGGGAGCACACACAGCCGCAUCCAAGCCAUGCAGGAGCAACACAGACAGGAGAUCAGUGAGUUAAAUUGUGCGCUUAAAGAGAAGACCAAAGAAAACAGAAGGCUCAAGUCCAGCUUUGACACCAUGAAAGAAUUAAACGACUCCAUGAAAAAGCAGUUUAAUGAGGUCAGCGAACAGAACGCGAGAUUGGAGCAGCAGGCGAGAAAAGCCCAGGCUCGUUUGGAGAACCUUCAGAGGAAGUAUGAAUACGCCAUGGCUCAGAGAGGUCGUGAGAACAUUGCCCCAAAGCCCCAUGACCCCAAACUCUCCAAACCAGAGAAGCCCCUUGUUACCAAUAAAGCCACCAAGCGCAGCACAAGCGUGGGGAAUUUGAAACUGCUUGCUCUGCUGCUAGACUGGGUUCUGGACAGUCAGCUGGUACAGACUGGACCAGAGCACGUCGUGGCGGAUCCGAUCCAGUACAGCGACGCUGCCACGACCUCCCUGCCUGAGAAAUGCUCUAAGGUUUUACCCAUGUUGGCUGAGCAGCUGCAGCAGGCCUCAGCACUGGAGCCAUCACUGGUCUUACCUCUGCUCCGCCUCAGCUACUGGACCCUCAGACAGCUGGACCUACACCCUCAGCACACGCCCCUGACCUCCACCAUGCGUAGAUUGGGUGAGGAGGUGUUCAGAGGGUCAGGUGACCCUGGCGCUCCUGGGCGGGGGAAUAGGUCCUGCCCCCUGUACAAAAGCCCCUGUCUGCACACACGGUUUCUGUCUGCUCUCAUCAUACUCAACACCAUCAGUCAAGCGGACAUCUUGGCUCAAGCUCUGGAUGUGUUGCAUGGUGCAGUCAGGACAGAGGAUGGGCAGGUGCUGUUCCUGCGUUACCAGGCCCUGUCAGCCAUUUUGGCUCUGCUCAGAGGAGGAAGCCCGGGCCUGCUGACUCCGGCCGUGGACGUCCUGCUGCAGAUGAGCACUGAAUCACGGUUCCUCGAGAUGUUCCUGGACGCCUGCAGUACAGACGACUUCUUCCGCUGUGUGUCCCUGCUCCUGAGGAACCCACGGAUUGACCUGACCCUGGUGGAGAAACUCACCGUUCUGCUCCAGAAGCUCUCUGGCAUCAGAAAGAAUAAGAGGCUGUUUGAGGUGUUCUCCUUACACCUGCUCCUUCAGGAGAUGUACAGGACUGCAGACCCCACACACACGUUCCUCUGUAUCAACCUCAGCUCCAUCCUCUUCAACCUCAGCAUGUUAACACGCUCUUAA